ACCAAGUACACCUUAAUUGAAUUCAAUGUAACCCACAACCACAACGAGAAACCAAGCUCGAUUGCUCAUAUCACUCAACCAGCUCCACCUGCAAUAGAUUCGACGAAUCACGCUCCAGGAGAAAGCAACUCGAUUCCACUCUUCUCUCGCAUACGACGGACAUCGUCCGCCGCCUCCUCUUCCAGCACAAACUCCGACGGGCAGCGCCUUCGGACGCAUAAUUUGUGGAAGGAGAUUCAAGAAGCAAGGAAACUGCAGGCGAAGGAUGGAUGGAAUGCCCAACAUAAAGAAAUGGAUAAUAGUCUAUCCUGUCUAUAUAAACUCAAAAAAGACGAUUGCCGAAGGCCGCCGUGUCAGUGCUGAAAAAGCAUGCGAGAACCCCACCUGUAUUGAGAUCGGCGAUUGUUGCAGCUAUCUCAAGCUUCCCUUUGCCAUUGAGUUGGAUAAGGCAUACCCCCGAGACUUCAUGCAGAGAGGAAGGGUGAGGGUGCUGCUGAAAAGGGAGGAUGGGUCCCUGUAUAAUCCUGCCAUUGGCACCCGAAAGCAACUGAUGCUCCAAAUUGCAGAGUUGGUUCCCAAACAUCAUGGUAGAACGAAGAAACAGGAGGCUACGAGUACAUCAAAUGCAGGGCCUUCAAAAUCUGGAAAGGGUGGAAAGAAGAAAAAAUGAAAAUAUACCAAGGCAAUGUGCGAGAAAUGCCUUUUACCAGAUCACUUUUUUCAAAAGUCUUACAUGCUAAUGGUAUUCUCUUUUGGGAAAUGUCACAAUACCCAUCACAAUCGGUUAGUGCAGUACUGUUUUCAACUUCAGAGUCUUCAAUUUGGUUGCUCAUCUUUCCAAGACUCCCAAUUUUCUCGUUUCAAACUUGAAACCAUAAUUUGGCCUGGAUCUUGAUAUAUUCUGGUGGAACAUGACUUAAGUGGCAUCGAAUGGAGCAGAUGAUGUAGCUUUUUAUCAUUCUCUAUACUGUUAAUGGGUAUGGAUUUGCGAAUGGAAUGGUUCUCUACCUGCAAACUAGCCUUCCAUAUUUCAAGUCUGGCCAUGCACAUUAUGUAACGAGGUAAUCCUACAUCGAAUAUGUAACUUUGCUGGUUGGUACAAUUGAAUAGACCUCUGUGGAGCCUGAGUCUGUUCAUUUAAGAAUGUGUGCUGUGACCACAGAAUAUGGAAGGCUCUGUGGAGCUUGAGUCUGUUCAUUUUA